AAUUCAUGUCAGGUAUGGCUACGUUUACGUGAAUGUGAGAUCUUUAAAAUUUUGUGAUUGUAAACUGCAAAUAGAACAGAUAAAAUAUAAUAAUAUAGCGGAAUAUUUAAUAUUGAGAAUACAGUUAUAUUUUAUUAAAUAUGCGCCUGUGACAUCGUUGCUGCUCCUCGACAUGAAAUUAUUAUCGAACUUUGCCAUAAGCGCGUGUAGACAUUUAGGUUAUCUCGGUAGUCGACCUAACUGUUCUGUCAGUUUGCGAAAAAUGGCGACCGAGGUGGAGAAGGCACAAUCAGCUGUGCCGGAAAGCGAUACGAUAUUUGGAAAAAUACUGCGAAAAGAAAUUCCAUGCAACUUUAUUUACGAGGAUAAUCAGUGCGUUGCAUUUGAUGAUGUAAAUCCUCAAGCACCUGUGCACUUUCUGGUGAUUCCACGGAAACCAAUUCCGCAGCUUUCCAAAGCUCAAGAUGAAGAUGAACCUUUACUUGGCCACUUGAUGAAUAUCGCUCAUAAAGUUGCAAAGCAAAAAGGCUUAACAAAUGGAUUUCGCUUGGUUAUCAACGAUGGAAAACAUGGUGCACAGUCUGUGUAUCAUCUGCAUUUGCAUGUCCUCGGUGGUCGACAAUUGGAAUGGCCACCUGGCUAAUGUGUCCAUUUGCACAAAUAUACAAACAGCAUUUUUAUUAUAAAAUAUAAAGUAGUGAAUCCAGUAGUAAGGAUAAGGGUGUGUGGUUUUAUCAAAUUUUUCUAACUUAAAUAUAUCUAAAAUGUAUGCCUAAAAAAUAUUAUAUAAAAAAGUACGCUAUGAUUAAUAGUGUUGUGUUUGUAUAUUAUAAUUGUGAAUGAUUAACAAUACACAAUUAUUAAUGAGUUA